AUGCCGGCCUGGGAGCACGCGGCCACGGAGCUGUCGGUGCCGAGCGCCCUGCAGGACCCCGGGGCCGGCGGGCUGGCCUGCGUGGCCGAGUCCUGGCUGGCGGCCGGCCCGGCCGGCGGGCUGGGGCUGCUGCCGGCCGACACGCCGGCCGACCGGCUGGCGGAGAACCUGCUCGGCUUCCCGGCCGACGGGUCGCCGGUGGUGUGGCUGCGGCCGGGCGGCCCCGGGGCCGGGCCGCUGCUUCGCGGGCCGCUGCCCGGGGCCGGGGCCGAGCUCUUUGCCGGGGCCGGGCCGGUGCGGGCCGUGGCCGCCCUGCCGCCCUUCGGCCGCCCGGGCCAGGGGCACCUUUUUGCAUGUGCCUCGGCGGCCGGGGUGUGGCAUGCGCGCGUGGAGUGCACCGAGGCGCCGGGGGCCGGGGCGGGGGCGGCCUGCCCGGCCCGGGUGGCCGGCCCGGCGGCCCGGGGCCCCGGGUCCGGGCCGUGCGACCGGCUGCGGCCGGUGUCCCCGCGGGCCGUGGCCGCCGCCGGGCCCGACGGCCUGGUGCUGUAUCACCUGCUGGCGGACGGGCAGGUGGCCGGGGCCCGGGGCCCGGCCCGGCCGGCGGCCGUCCUCACGCCGCUGGCAAUGCACCUGUCGGGGGAUGCGCGCGUGGCCGGGCCGGGGCCGGGGCCGGGGCCGGGGGUGUUCAUGCGGCGGCCCGGGGCGGCCGGCGGCGGCCCGGCCGGCACGGUGCUCCUCCUGCCGGGCACCCCCGGGCCGGGGCUGGUCCUGACCGGGGGCCCGGGGCCGCACCGGCGGACCAGCGCCCUGCCCGGGGUGGGGCAGGUCCUGGGCGGCCUGCCGCCGGGGCUGGCCGUGCCGGCGGCCGAGGUGGCCUUCCACGCGGUGGCCCUGGGCCCGGGGCUGGCCAUGCGCCCGGCGGCGGUGGUGCUGCUGGCCGGGCCGCUGGUCGGGGUGUCGGUGGUCUUCUGCCCGGGGACCGGGGGCUGCUGGCUGCAGCCGGCGCUCUUCGGGCAGCUGCCCGGGGCCGGGGCCGGCUGGUCGGCGGUCUUCGCGGCCCCGUCGGCGGCGGCCGGGCCCGGGGCCGCGGCCCUGCGCGUGGCCCUCCCCGGGGCCGGGGCCCCGGUGACCGUGGUGCUGGAGGCGCGGGCCUGUGCCAGCACCUCCACCGGCAGCCCGGGGCAGGUGGGCUUCCGGCCGGCCACCUACGGGCCGCUGUGUGCCCCGUGCGAUGGCCUUUGCCGGGAGUGCGCGGCGGCCGGGCCGGGCGGGUGCACCGGCUGCCGGCUGCACCUGCCGGGCCGGGCGACCGCCUGCGCCGGCGAGUGCCCGGCCGGGCUGGCCCCCUCCGGGCCCGACAGCACCGGCGAGUGCCGCUGCCUGGGCACCUGCCGGACGUGCGAGCCGGCGCAGGCGUCGGAGCCCUUCGGGCCGUACCGGUGCACGGCCUGCGCGGCGGGGCACGCGCUGCCGGUCAAUGCCGGGCUCCAUCCCGGGGCCUGCCAGCCGUGCGCCGGGUCGUGCGCCGAGUGCGCGCAGCCCGGCGACCCGCUGGCCUGCACGGCGUGCCCGCGGGCCGGGCCGGCGGCCGGGCUCCUCCACCGGGGGGCCUGCGUCGGGGCGUGCCCGGCCGGGACCUGGCCCGACGGCCUGGCCGGGGCGUGCCGCGACUGCCCGGCCAACUGUGCCCAGUGCUCCGGGCCCGGGGGCCAGUGCGACCGGUGCCUGGACCGGCACUUCCCGGGCCCGGGCCCGGACGGCGGGUGCCACCCCUGCGACGGGUCGUGCGCCGCGUGCGCCGGGGCCGAUGCCUGCACCGAGUGCCGGCCGGGGCUGAGCUUCCUGGCGGCCGAGUCGGGCCAGGCCGGCCUCUGCACGGCCCUCUGCCCCGGGGGCCAGUACGAGCAGGCCGGCCAGUGCGUCGACUGCCAUGCAGCCUGCCAGCUGUGCGCCGGGGCCGGGCCGGACCGGUGCGAGGCGUGCGCGGCCGGGCACCGGUGGGGCCCGGCCGGGCCGGCCGCCGUCGGCUCGUGCGUCCCCUGCCCGGCCGGCUGCGACCAGUGCCUGACGGAUGGCCGGUGCGUCGGCUGCACCGGCGGCCUGCUGCUCACCGAUGCCGGGGCAUGUGUGGCCACCUGCCCGGCGGGGACGUGGCCGGAUACGACGGCGGCCCAGGCGUGCGCCCCGUGUGCCGGGAGUUGCGCCGCGUGCGCCGGCGGCCCCGGCGCCGACCGGUGCACGGCCUGCCCCCCGGGGUGGGAGCUGCUGCCGGUGCCCGGGGCCGAGCCCGGUCCGCCGGAGGCCGGCGGCCAUGGCUGCUACUCCGGCUGCCCGCCCGGGGAGUAUCGCCUGCGGCUGGAGGACCCGUGCGGGCCGUGCGCCGCCGGGUGCCUGACCUGCACCGGCCCGGCCAUGGGGGACUGCUGGCGCUGCGCCGAUGCCGGGCUCGUGCUGCAGGGGGCCGCCUGCGUGGCGGCCUGCGACCCGGGCUUCGCCAGCGUCGAGGGCCGGUGCAUCGCCUGCCAUGGCUCCUGCCAGGGGUGCGUCGGGUCCCGGAGCACCGAGUGCCGGGGCUGCGCGGCCGGGCUGCUGCCGGCCGUGGCCGGCCAGGCCACCGGCCGGUGCUUGGACUCCUGCCCGGCCGGCUGGCGGGCCACCCCGGCCGGGUGCGUCCCCUGCCCGGAGCAGUGCGCCGCGUGCGGGGCCCCGGACUCCGGGGCCUGCACCCGGUGCCAGCGCGGCUGGCUCCUGCACGCCGGCGGCUGUGUGGCCGACUGCCCGGAGGGAACCACCAACUUCGGGGGCCUGUGCGCCGCGUGCCAUGGGUCCUGCCGGACAUGCUUCGGCCCGGGGCCGGACCAGUGCGCCACCUGCCGGGCCCAUGCCCCGCUGCAGGUGGGGUCCUCUUGCUGGGCCGCCUGCCCGGCCGGGAUGCACCUGCUGGCGGCCGACCGGCCGCCCGGGGACCAGUGCGCCCGGUGCGCCGGGACAUGCGGCACCUGCUCCGGGCCCGGGGCGGACCAGUGCACCGGCUGCCCGGCCGGGCGGGUGCCCUUCGCCGGGGCCUGCCUGCUGGCCUGCCCGGAGGGGUUCUACCCGGCCCCGGGGCCGGCGGCCGACGGCCCGGCCACCUGCGAGCCCUGCGCCAGCAGCUGCACCAUCUGCACCGGGCCGUCGGCCGGCCAGUGCGGGUCCUGCCCGGCCGGCAGCUGGCUCCACCAGGUCACAUGCGUGGAGGCCUGCCCCGGGGGGACGUUCGCUUGCUUCGGGACGCGGGCGUGCGCGCCCUGCGGCCCGGGGUGCCUGGCGUGCGAGCGCCUGCCCGCCGCCGGGGCCGCCUGCCAGCCCCGGUGCCUGGCCUGCCGGGCCGGGCUCUUCCUCACGUCGGCCGAGCAUGGGGCCACCUGCGAGGCGGCCUGCCCGCCGGACAUGACGGCCCCGGCCCCGGGCCGGGGGAAUGUCUGCCUGCCCUGCGCCGGGCAGUGCCGCGGCUGCAUCGACACCCCGGGGGCCUGCAAGCUGUGCGCCCUGUCGUACAUGCUGAUGGACUACGAUGGGGGCCGGUCGUGCGGGGCCUUCUGCCCGCAGGAUGGCACCCCGUACCAGCAUGCGCUGGGGCUGGUCCCGGGCAUGGGCAUGGUCGGCGCGUGCCUCCACUGCCCGGCCGGGUGCGACGUGUGCGACGCGCCGACGCGCCUGCCCGCCUGCCGGGUGGACGCCCACACGGCGGCCCUCCUGUGCGACCCGGCCACCGAGUGCAACCGCUGCCGGCCCGGGCUCCGGCUGCUGACCCGGGCCCCGGGGGAGACGGCCUGCGUGGACGCCUGCCCGGCCGGGCACCACCCCGGCCGGGGUCUGGCCGGGGUGCCGGUGUGCCUGCCCUGCCCGGCGGCCUGCGUGGCCGGGUGCGGCCCGACCGGGCUCUGCCCCGGCCCGGGGCCCGGCAGCGACAGCAGCAGCGGCGGCGGCGGCGACAGCCACGGCGGCCAUGUGCCGGGGGCUCGCCAUGGCGUGUUGGCCCUCGGCCUGGGCGUGGGCUUGGGCCUGCUGUUCCUCCUGGUGCUGGGUCUCGUGGUCUUUUUCCUGGUCUGGCGCCCUGGCCGGCGUGCGGCCCGGACCAACAAGGCGGCCGACCUGGACGCCGACGCCAGUGCCACCGUGCUGAAUACCAUCAUGGAGCUCUCGCUGCCCGGGCACAUCCACCUCGGGCUGGACCACUUCGCCCCCCUGCCGGAGGAGACCCUCGGGGCCGGGACCCAGGCGGCGGUCUUCGCGGCCCGGUGCGUCGGGGCCGGCACCGCCGAUCGCCUGGGCUGCCCGCCGGUCGUGGCGGUCAAGCGGCUGAAGGCCGACCGGCUGACCGCCACCCAGGCCACCCUCUUCCAGAAUGAGAUUGCCCUCAUGUGGAUGCUCCGCGAGCACCCGAACGUGGUCCGGCUGUACGGCUACAGCGAGCAACCGCCGGCCAUCGUCAUGGAGCGCUUCCAGACGGACCUCGGCACGCUGCUGCACUCGGCGGUGCCGCUGGACCUGCCGGCGCUGGUGGACCUCUGCCACCAGUGGAUCGCCGGGCUGGAGGCCAUGCACACCAAUGGCGUGGCCCACUGCGACCUGAAGCCGGGCAAUGUGUUUGUCAGCCAGGCCGGGCCGGCCUGGCGGGCGGCCAUCGGCGACCUCGGGGCCAGCCGCAACCUCAGCAACCGGUCGUCGGCCCUGGUGGCCGGGGUGCCGGAGCUGAACGCCCUGACGGCGCGGUACGCGGCGCCCGAAAUCUUCGACGCCAUGACCCGGCGCCGGCCCCUUGACCGGGCUCUCCUCCUGCCGGCGGACAUCUUCAGCGCGGGCAUCAUGCUGUGGGAGUGCCUGUCGCGGCAGCUGCCCUGGAAGGGCUUCAAGUUCGCCAGCAUCAGCUCCAGCGUCGGGGCCGGCAUCCGCCCGGACCUGUCGCUGGUCCUGGCCAGCGAGCGAGCCGCCACGCCGCCCACCGCGAACCCGGGCCCGGCCAUGGACGCCAUCCAGGCGGCCUGGGUCCAGGAUCCGCACGCCCGCCCGGUGGCCUCGCACUUCCGUGCCCUGUGCGUGGACCUUAUGUGAG